CUCCCUCUCUGCCCCAGUCUCUCUCUCUCUCAUACUCAGUGUCUUUUCAUUUCUUCUCCGUCUUCAGCCAUCCUGCCAGAGGAGUUCUUCAUUUCGGUGACGUCAAUUACUGUGGCUCAAUCGGUGGUAUGAGUUCCGAGGGAACAUUGUUUCUUGAAUUCCUUUAUAGUCUUGUUUGGAUUGAGAGUCAAGUUGUUCCUGUCUUUAGCGCAGUGCCUUGGGUAUGUAAUGAAAGAGCAAUUGAUUCCACCCUCGUUUGGCAUUAGGUUAGGCUCUUCGCUCGGACGCAGCGCCAAUGCGCACAGGACACUAUGUGUGAUCCUCGCAUGUUUAAUGAAUGAACAACGCUGAAGGAAAUCCCUGCAAGCUAAACAAAAAAGUCUGCAGCCGUUUUCACUCUGUCGUGGGAUCCGGAGAGCCAAAGCAGCGCUGGGAUUACCGUGGCCGACCUUCAUUGCGGAAAAAGACUCUCGUCGGAUAGCUACCGAUGUAAAGACACAUCGCUCCCGUGAAGUACGUGCCCCCCUAACGUUCUUCAUCCCGGAGCUCGGCCGAACAUGUCCAUUCACAUAGUGGCACUGGGCAGCGAGUGCCCUGGAGGGGUAGGCUCUGGGGAGGAUGUCCCCGGACAGGCCCAGAUGCAGGGGGGGCUGCUGUGGAGCUACCUGGGCCACAGUGCCGUGCCUGGGCACGGGGGCAUGGACGGCACCCUGCCUGGCCGGCAUGCUCUCAACCCUGCCUUCAUGGAGUACCAGUCACGCGUGUUCGGGGAUGUCCGGGUCAUGGUGCAGGACUGCCCGAGCUGGGAUCUGCUGGACAGUGAUUGGGCGAGUGUCCGGAGUGUUCUGGAACAGGCGGACAUCGUUGUUAUAAAGUACUCGGUCAACGACAAGCUGGCGUUUCAGCAGGUGCGGAACGUCUACUCGCCGCGCCUGCGCCCGCUGCUGCGUCACUGGGGCAUGCCCGUCAUCCUGGUGGCAGUAGGGGCACGUCUUAAUGACGAGGGCCCCCCCUGCACGUGUCCGCUGUGUGCGUCGGACUGGAGCAGCUGUGUGCCCCAUGGCGAGGGGCUGCAGCUGUCGCGGGACCUGGGGGCCACAUACCUGGAGCUGCCCUCCCUCAACAACUUCUUUGUGGGACGCUACUUCGCUAGCGUGCUCGAGUACUUCAUGAUCCAGUGUUUGAAGCAGAAGGCCAAAGAGCGUCCAGACAAGCGGCGUGGCUACAGGGUGAACGAGCCCCGCCCCCCACACUUGGAUCAACCAGCGCGCCUCCCCCCGGUGCGCGUGGAGGAGUCCACCUUCCCCCAGGACCUGCAGUGGCUGCUGGAGCGCGGCGUGCAGUUUGCCGACGUGGCCUUCUACGCCGGCGACUCGGGCAAGGAGCUGGGCUGGGCGCAUGCGGCCGUGCUGUGUGCCGUCAGCCCCUACUUCCGGCAGCUGCUGGCCGGGCGGCAGGCCUGGGAGAGGCCCGUGUCCCGCUGUGCCUGCAGGCCGGAGGUGGGAGGAGGAGGAGGAGGUGGCGGCGGCGGUGGAGUUGGAGGAGGGGGCCCCCACUCGCUGCUCUCCACCUGGGACGGGGGCAUGGAGGACGGGAUGCCCCAUCGUGCCAGCGAGGGCCACCUGCCCGGACGCCUGUCACGCCUGGUGGUGAAGGACCCGCUCCUGUGCGUGUGCCUGUGGGAGACGCUGAUGUUUAUGUACAGAGGGGCCUGGGAGUGGGAGUACCUGGAGGAGGCGGUGGCUGAGAAGCUGAAGAGUCCUCUGGCUGUGGCCCAGCUGAUGGAGAGGGUGCGCUCCUUCCUGGGCAGAGAAAAGUGCCCAAGGGACACACCCACCUCUCGACCUCCAGGUGCUCAGACACUGGGGAACAUCUUCAACUCGCCCCUCUACUCUGACGUGAUCUUUAUGGUGCAAGGAAACGUGCUACCAGCUCACCGGGCCGUGUUGGUGGCCCGCUGUGACGUCAUGGCCGCCAUGUUCAGUGGCAAGUAUGCGGAGGCCCGGAGUCGUGUGGUGCCCAUCCACGGCGUCUCCUCAGACACCUUCCUCUCCUUCCUGGAGUACCUCUACACUGACACCUGCUGUCCAGCCAGUGUUCUGCAGGCGAUGGCGGUGCUGGUGUGUGCGGAGAUGUACCAGGUGAAGCGUCUGCAGCACCUGUGCGAGGUGUGCGUGUGCGCCUACCUGCAGAGCAUGCCCAGUAGAGAGCUGGCCUCCACGGGGAUCAGCAUCAUACGGCUGCUCAGGAGAGCAAAGUGUCACAAUGCUGACCAGCUUUAUGUCUGGCUCCUACACUUCAUUGCAAAUAACUACCUGAUCUUCAGCCACAAACCUGACUUCAUCGAGUUAACAGACGAGGAGCGGGAGCACGUGGAGAGGCUGCGCUGGCCGUCCAGGGGCUACCUGCAGGAGCUGAGCGAGUACCAGCAGCGGCGGCGGCAGCUGCGCAAGUCCCGCUGCAACCUCAUGUGA